AUGGGAAAGUGCCUCACUAUCGUCAAACUCGUGGGAAUUGGCUCACUCGGUAUCGCCGGAGCAAAUUUCCUCUAUUCGGCUAAAGCUCUCAUUCCUCACUUAUUGGUCCUCGACAAUUUGAGGUCUGAAACUACUAAGAAACAGAUCACUGAUCUCAUCGUUAAGACCCGAUCCGUCUUUUGGAGUUUAGGAGCACUUGCCACUUUCUUGUUCUAUGAGGCCUUCAAAUGUUCUCCUCCUGCUGGAAAACAUCCUUACCUCAUCUACACCUCGUUGAUUGCUCCUUUGGGACUAGUCUACAAUUACUAUUGGGUAUUUGAUUCCGAAGCUAGAUUGCUCGAAUCUAGCAGUUCCGAACCGAAGAUAACCUAUAAGAAGGUUAAGAAACUUGUCAAAGUCAAGAAACCCGCUCAGGCUGAAAAAUCACCCUUGGAUAACUCUGUCUAUAGUGACCUGGGUAACGUUCCUGUUGUAGAAGAGGAAGUCGAGGUCGAAGAAGAGGUUCCCGUCCAUCAGGAACCCACUGCUUUGUCCAAUACUCAAACUAAACAUGAGUUGAGUAACUUGAAGAUUGGUUACACCUAUUCUUCGUUUAUUACCGGUUUCGGCUUUAUAUUAUCUAUCAUUGGGUUCAUCGGAGAUAGAGUCUGA